AAAAUUGUUUAUCUCUUUAUGACGCAUUUCCGGAAGAAUUGUUUUCUAUUACAUUUGUUUCACGAGUUCCUUUAAUUCUAUUGGCUGUUUUUACGAUACCGCCAAAAAUAUCAACAACGAGCCAAUAACAUGCCGAUGUUCAUUUUAAUUACGCGCAAUAUCCGUUCAAAAUGGCCGACAAAACUAUGCCUAUUUUUGUUCCAACUGAAAAGCCUGUAAAAGUAGUGAAGUGGAAAAUAAAACAAGGUGCAUUUGUAUCACAAGGUCAAAUUUUAUUUUUAUACAGUGAUUCGUCGGGCAAUAUCAAUGAAUUGAAGAAAUAUAAAGCCCUUCGCGCUGGUACUAUCUCAUCGAUCAAAGUGAAAGAAGGAGACAUCGCAGAACCCGGAAUACCUAUUGCGGAAAUAGAAGAAUGUCGCCAUCCAACAGUUAUGAAAGAAAUGUGUGCCGAAUGCGGAGCCGACUUACGUACGGACGAUGGUCCAAAACGAGAAGUGGCUGUUGUACCUAUGGUUCAUUCUGUACCUGAAUUGAAGGUGUCAGAGGAGUUGGCACAAAAAUUAGGUCGUGAAGAUGCAGAUCGUCUUUUGAAGGACAGGAAACUAGUGCUACUAGUUGAUUUAGAUCAAACACUUAUACACACAACCAACGAUAAUAUCCCUCCUAAUUUAAAGGGUGUAUUACAUUUCUUUCUACGUUGCCCUGGAGGUCCUGGACGCUGGUGUCACACAAGAUUUCGGCCACGUACAAAAGAAUUUCUGGAGUCUGCAUCCAAAAACUAUGAACUUCAUGUCUGCACAUUUGGUGCUAGACAGUACGCCCAUGCAAUAGCAGAUUUACUAGACCCAGAGAAAAAAUAUUUUUCACAUAGAAUAUUGUCCAGAGACGAAUGUUUUGAUCCUAGGACAAAAUCUGCUAAUUUAAAAGCGUUAUUUCCAUGUGGAGAUAACAUGGUGUGCAUAAUAGAUGACAGAGAAGAUGUAUGGAGGCAUGCUACCAACUUAAUACAUGUGAGGCCCUACUCAUUUUUCCAAUCAACUGGAGACAUUAAUGCACCUCCUCCACUGGUGGAUGAAAAAACAAAAUUAAUUAGUGGUAAGAAUGGUUCACAAGUACCAGUGAUACAUCAAAUGCCUACUUUAGAUCCAGAGCCAGAACAAAAAGACGGUGUUGUAGAUAUAAAAGAACAAAAGGAUGCCAUUGAAAAUGAUGGUGGCAAUGGUAAAAUACUUAGUAAAGACAAAAAUAAACUUAAUGAUGAGAAGAAUGAUGGAACUGAGGAAGAAGGUGAAAAAGUUAAUGAUGGAGCUGAGCCUCGAUGGGUAGAAACAGCAGAUGGUCAAAUAGAAAUGGAAGAUACAGAUGACUACUUAAUAUAUUUGGAGGAUAUACUUAAAAGAAUACAUAAACACUUUUAUGAUUUAUAUGAUAAGACAGAAAACAAACAGAUACCUGACUUAAAAACAGUCAUACCCCAAGUGAAAAACAAAGUCCUAACUGGUGUCAGUCUAGUUUUCAGUGGCCUGGUGCCGACCCACCAGAGAUUAGAGACUUCAAGAGCCUAUUUGGUGGCAAAGAGUUUAGGGGCAGAUGUCACACAAGAUUACACUGAUAACACUACACACUUAGUUGCAGUGAGAGCAGGUACCGCAAAAGUAAAUGCUAGUAGACGUCUAGGUGAAGGAAAAGCUAAUAAAUUGCAUGUAGUUACACCAGAUUGGUUGUGGACCUGUGCCGAACGAUGGGAGAGGGUUGAUGAAAGAUUAUACCCUUUACAAAGAGGCAGCCAGAGCAGCUCGCGGCGGCCGCCGGCGCACUGCAGCAGCCCGCCGCCCGCGCCCGCGCCCGCCGCCGCCGCCGCGCCGCCCGCCGCGCUCCGCAGGCGGACCCCCUCCGGACGGUUCAUGGACACGCUCAACCCCCUACUCUCCUUUUCCAGUGAUGAUAUCGCUGAUAUGGACCGAGAGGUAGAAGACAUCUUCAAUGAAUCAGACGAAAGUUCUUCAGAUGAAUCACAGCCGAAAGAAGAUGAUUUAGAUGAUGAAGAGAAUCCUCCAGAAGAUAGACUUCUAACUGUUGAAACAGAAGACAGCUCACAAGAUAGGUUACAAGAUUUACAAGAUGUAGGUUCCAGUGAUUCAGAUACAGAUGAACCACGCUCUCGCAAACGUCCACGCCGAACCUCACCUCCCUCAGAUGUUGAGCCACCAGACGAAACUGAUGACGACAGCUCCUGGAACCUCAUGGGUGCUGCGCUGGAGAGAGAAUUCCUAGCGCAGGACUGAUGGCGACGACAAACUGGCACAUUAUGCCCACGGCGAAAUAAAAAUGCUCUUUG